AUGGAUUCCUCAUAUCGCCCUUCCUUUGCAAGGCCGAAACGAAAGAUCGGUGAUUUGGACUCGGAGGAAGAAGACGAAGAGGCAUACGCAAGGCCAUCUUUUGGCUUUCAAGGGUUUGCGCCUGCUUCAACCCGUUCGCCGUCUCCCCCAACCAUGGCAUCCAAAGCUACUCGCCCAUCAUGGAAAACCCCAGCAAACAAUGGGAAAUCUGGGGGCAAGUCAACUCCUAUGGUAGCCAACAGCUUUGCGGCCCGUAUGAUGGCGAAGAUGGGCUACGUGGAAGGUCAGGGUCUUGGUACAAGCGGGCAGGGUAUCCUUAACCCCGUCGAAACGGUUCUCCGGCCGCAAGGCGUCGGUUUAGGUGCGGUCAAGGAGAAAUCGCAGCAGGCAAAAGAUGAAGCCAAACGGGAAGCUGCUAGGAGAGGAGAGGUUCUGGAAACCAGCUCAGAUGAAGAGCGCAAACUACGUCAGAAACGCAAAGAAAGAAGACAGCGAGAAGGGACUAGUGGAAGUGGAACAAGUACUCCUAGAGGCCCAGCAAAGCCGAAAUACAGGACAGCACGGGAAAUUGAAGCUGAUGCGGCUGGACUGGCGGUUCCAAAUGUGUUAAAAUCCUUGGUCGAUGCUACUGGUAAAGAACAGAAGCUCUUGACGUCAACAGCUGGUCUGAUGACUCCCAUGGAGUUCGUUAAUGCAAAUGAGGGCGAAGCUUGGAAGAUUGCUCGCCGCGCCCGCCAUGACCUCGAGGCCUUUGCGGAUGAAUGGAAAGGACUUAGCGAGAGGAAGAAGUUCGUCGAACUAGAGGAAGCACAAAUUGUGGAUGAGAUGGACACACAGCAAUCCAAGCUGGAAAAAGUAACUGCCUUGACACAUUCCAUCGAAGGACUAGAAAUAACCGGCCCUGAUGACAGCCUUGAUAAGAGAUGGGAAGAUAUUACGAUAAAGUUGGAGGAGAUUGAGACAAAUUAUCAAGACCUUGUUGAUGAAUGUCAACUUCCUGAAGUUGCUGUUGCGGCUGUCCAUCCGCUGUUGAAAGAAUCUUUAGAGGAGUGGGCUCCCUUAUCGAAUCCUACAUACCUAAUCUCUAAUUUCCGCCGCUUACAUCGAUUUAUGUCCCAUUCGAAAAAGGCGAACGGCGAGACGCACAGAUACCGUCAGUCGACUACGCCCUAUGAGUCUAUGAUGUACUCCUUGUGGCUUCCUAGAGUUCGGUCCGCUUUGCUAAAUGAGUGGGAAGUUCAUGACCCUGGUCCUGCGACAUCGCUCAUAGAAGAAUGGAAGGGUCUGCUACCUGAAUUUGUAUAUUCUAAUAUACUAAAUCAAGUCGUUGUUCCUAAGCUCAGCGCAGCCAUAAAGGCCUGGAAACCAAAGAGUAGUAAAAAUAACGGGUCGUCACAACACUUUCCGUGGUGGCUUUUUGACUGGCUACGUCAUCUCGAUGAACACCAUACCGACCCCAAGGCACCGACUGGGCUCAUGUCUGACGCAAAGAGAAAGUUCCGUGUACUUUUAGAUACAUGGGAUCUAGGUCGUGGCCUUGUCAACAAGAUAGAACUGUGGAAAGAUGUUCUCGGCUCGGAGUUUGACAAAGCACUUCAAAACCAUCUCCUACCCCGGUUGGCCCGCCAUUUGCGAGAACAGUUUGACGUCAACCCACAGGAUCAAGACCUAACUGCGUUUGAAGAUGUCAUGAAAUGGAGGCCCUUUUUUAAAGCCGACGUUCUAGGGCUUUUACUUUCCGCAGAGUUUUUCCCAAAAUGGCAUGCUAUUCUGCACCUCUGGCUCACCUCAGAACCAAACUAUAACGAAGUUGGCCAGUGGUUCACCUGGUGGAAAUCUCAGAUACCAGACGAAAUUAACACCAUUCCUGAAGUUACAGAAGAAUGGAACCGAGGCCUCGAAACAAUCAAUCUUGCCCUUGACCUGGGAGACAAGGCAAAGACAGAUCUCCCUCCUCCACCCGCCCCUUCGUCUCAUCCGGCGCAUCAAAAGAAGACAAAUGGCAAGCAUCGUGAUAAACAUGCAACGUCUGCAAAUGUGAAACCAACGAAGCCGCAAAAGGUACAGAUUGAGGAACCUUCCUUUAAAGAUAUCGUUGAAGAAUGGUGUGGAGAUGAAGGGCUCAUCAUGGUUCCCCUUCGCGAAGCCCAUCUACAGAGCGGCCUCCCCUUGUUCAGAAUUACAGCAAGCGCCAAUGGGAAGGGUGGUGUUCUUGUUUAUCUAAAGGGAGACGUAGUGUGGGCUCAGAACAAGAAGGUCAAGGACGCCUGGGAGCCCACAGGGCUGGAUGCAGGGCUCGUUUCUCGUGCUGAAGGGAAUUAA